AUGAUGAAGCAGACCAGUGCUGUUUUGGGUAAUCGGUAUCAUAAAGGCCCAAACUGGAUUAAUUUGUGCAGAGGUGGAAAAUUGACCAAAUAUCUUUUCUGGUUGUUAAUUGCCUUCCUGGCCGGCCUUACUAUCCGCGACGUCAUACAGCUGUGUGCACAAUUUGCGGAUGAUCCGAAGCAAACCGAAUUCAAAAUGAUUUUCAAUGAAUCGAUGGUCAUGCCAAACCUAACAAUUUGCAUAUCAAAGGAGCAAGCUUACAGUCACUUUAACCUCCGCAACUUGAGUAGCAAUGCUACUGCAUGGGAUCUUAUUGUCCAGGAAAACUUGGCAAAUAUGACGGAUCGUGAGAGUUUUUUAAAUAAUACUUGGGAUUCUCGAAUUGCCAUUGAAGCAUACGAAGUAAUCGCUGCAUUAAGCUCUAUGGAGCGUGAAACGACCGCUCACGGAUUGGUUCAUGCCAUCAGCAGUUUCCGAACGAAUCCAGCUUUUCAGGAGAAACGAAAACUAGUCCAGGUCUUAAACGUUAGAAAAAUAUCAGUGGCCGUAACUCAAACAUCGAGUUCUCUAACUUACUAG